CUACCUGUCUGUUGUCUGUGGUGAGAGUGACGUAUGAACAGCCGAAACGAAAACGAAAGAAAAGCCCUCAGUGCCGUUGUUAUCUUCUAAAAUUCCUGAAGAAUGGAGACAAACGGCCAGGCUAAUGGGCUUAAAUCCAGAAAGAAAGACAACAGUGAUGGGAAAGACAAUUUAUGGUCUGCGAUUUUAGAAGAAGUUCAAAACCAGGGUAAUACUAAGCUACCUUCAAACAAGAAUGUAUUAGUUUUGGGAGAUAACGAAACUGGUAAAACCACACUCAUAGCUAAGUUACAAGGAGUUGAAGACCCAAAGAAAGGGUCAGCACUAGAAUAUGCAUAUAUAGAUGUAAGAGAUGAAUAUCGUGAUGACCACACAAGGCUCAGUGUAUGGGUGUUGGAUGGAGAUCCAGGCCACACAAAUCUGCUCAAGUUUGCAUUAAAUGAGGACACAUUCCCACACACUCUGGUCAUAUUCACAGUAGCGAUGACCACACCUUGGGGUUUAUUAGAUCAAUUACAAAGCUGGGCAUCAAUGCUUGGCGAUCACAUAGACAAAUUAGAUCUCACACCUGAACAAAGGUUGGAUAGCAAGAAAGUACAGACGCAGAAGUGGCAGCGGUAUACGGAGCCUGGUGAUGAGCUGGAGCCGGCUGCUUCACCGAUGAAGCGAUCCUCACGCAACCUGGCUGAUGAACUGGCUCAUGAUGAUGAUGACGACGCGCCAUUACCGGAAGCCGUGCUCACCACGAAUUUAGGACUGGAUAUUGUCGUCGUUGUUACUAAGACGGACUACAUGAGCACAUUAGAGAAGGAGCACGACUACCGCGAUGAACACUUCGACUUCAUGCAGCAAUGGGUGCGGCGCUUCUGUCUGCAGUACGGUGCUGCGCUAUUCUAUACCAGCGCCAAGGAGGACAAGAACUGCGAUCUGUUAUACAAAUACCUUACGCACAGGAUAUACGGACUGCCUUUCCGUACGCCGGCACUUAUAGUGGAAAAGGAUGCGGUGCUCAUUCCAGCGGGAUGGGACAGUAUGAAGAAGAUCAGCAUAUUGUAUGAAAAUAUGCAGUCGUGCAAGCCUGAUGAUUACUACCGGGAUAUCAUCGUGCAGCCCGCCACCAGGAAAAGCGGCGGACUGCGCGAGGCGGAGGUGUGCGCGGAGGACGAGCAGGCCUUCCUGCAGCGGCAGCUCGCCGCGCUGCAGGCCGGCACGCCCGCGCCGCGCGCCGACUCCCCGCUGCGGGCCGCGCAGCGCACCGCCGCACAGUUGGACGGCACAAAGAUCAUGGGCGGCGGUACUCCCGGCAACGAAGGCGUGCUGGCCAACUUCUUCAACUCGCUGUUAUACAAGAAGACUGGUUCCCCCGGCGUGGGCGUGGGCGUGGGCGGGCCGCGCGCAGACGCCUCGCCCGCAGCCGCCGCCGCCGCGCGCUCCGACGCCGCGGCAGAGCUGGACCGCCUCACCCGCGCCAAGCGCGCGCCGCACCCCGCGCCGCUCGACCUCAACGCAUCCGACUGCUAGCCAGAUACCAUAAGAUUAAUGCGGCGAGCGAACACAAACUCAGUGUAGCUCCGGCUCCCGACAGCGACGCUUGCGCACCGCGCCAACUGUCUCAACCUUACUCUAUACAUUGCUGGCUUGUACUUGGUUGUCGACGCACCGGUGACCGCACGCAGCGAUGUAACUCGGACACAUCUGUAUCGACUGUUUCGACUGCUGUGAUUGGUCGGCCGGUCGCGACGGACGACGGCUAUUGGUGGAAUACUGUGACGUCAUAGCGCGGUGACGCCGCGUAAUAUCGGCAAAGAGUGAUUAUUAAUGUAUUGUUUAUAUAAAGGAUUAGAUGUAUUGUAAAUUUAAUUUUGGUACGAGCAGGCCAUUUUCCUCGUAAUGAUAUUUCAUAUUUACACUCCGAAAGUUAUAAAAAAAAUAAAAUAUAGAAUUCUGUCAAAUGUCAAUGAAAUAACUAAUAAAACACAAUUUUAGUAUAAUUUAUUUUACUUAGUUAUGCGGAAAAUGUGUCCUGUCUACCAUUAGGAGCAACUUUGUAAUACAUUUCCAUUACACUACAGUGAAGUCGAAAAGCGGAAAUUAUUUCCUAUUUCAUAAUUGUUUUAUUUGUAAUAUGUUUUUUAAUGAUAUUAAUUAAGUAUUUAUUUAGUUAGCCUCAAGUGUAACUGGUUAAGAUUAUGUGACGGCAACAAUACGUAUUUAGUAAUAACAAUUUUAAGACAGGCGAUAGUUGUCAGGAACAUUUUCAUACGGUUCGUCCGUCGUUUCUGUGGUAAUAAUGUUCAAAC